UGGCGGUCUCUUCUUGCACCACUUCCGCUAUGUUAUACUUUUAAGAGCGUUACACAAAAAAGGAACUUUGUGCAAUGAAAAGUUUAUAAAAAAAUUAUUUGCCUGUUAUAACACAAACACUAACAUGCAUUUGUUAAAAAGCGAAGUAAAAUCUACUUCUUGUAGUUCGAGUUAUGAAAAAAUGGAAGGCUUUUUUGAACCUCCAAAGAAACAAUUAGUCAGGCGCAUUCUUCAAAGACCACGUCUUUCGUUACGCAAAAUUUUGAGCAACAUGGAAGCUUUUAAAGUAAGCUUAGCUUGGAGGAACUUACAAUUUGACCUAAAACGCUUGGAAGACUUGCACCUUGAGCUUCGCCAGAUUAUUAGUCAAAUGAAGUCUUAUUCCAUCGAUAAAAAUAAAAAUACGAGGAUUCUUGCUGAUUUUAAAAAAAAUGAACAAUACCAACGAUGCACAGAACUUCGUGGUCAACUACUUGAAAUUAAAGAUAAGAUGAGGAUCUACAAAGAUCAAUAUAAACGAAAACAAGAGGAACUUCUUCUACUUAUGGAACAGUUGCCCAAUUUGAUACAUCCAUCUGUUAAAGAAACAGUAAACCAAAUUAUGUUUACUUUUGGGGAAAAACCUACUUUUGAUUAUGAACCUCGAGAUCACACUAAUCUCUGUAGUUUGCUGAAUCUGGUUGACUUUCAGCAGGCUUCUAAAGUUUCUGGUAACGGUUUUUAUUAUCUGAAGAACGAAGCGGCCUUAUUGGAAGUUGCUCUUAUUUCGUACGCUUUUAAUUUUGCUGUCUCUCGCGGCUUUACUCCACUGAUGACUCCCGAUAUUAUUCGUUCAGAAUUUGUCACAGCUUGCGGGUUUCAGCCCAAAGCCAGCAAUACUCAGAUUUAUAAGUUGAGUUUAAAAAGUGAAGAUCUUUGCUUGGCUGGAACAGCCGAGGUCCCUUUGGCUGGCCUCCUUCAUUACCAAGAGCUGUCCCGCAAGAGUUUUCCGAUAAAACUUGUGGGUUUUGGCCGAGCGUACCGCGCCGAAGCUGGAGCAGGCGCGUCUUCACGUGGGUUGUUUCGGGUGCACCAGUUCAGCAAAGUCGAGCUUUUUUGUGUAACUGAAGAUGAUCUAGAGAAGAGUGACGCACUGUUGCACGAAAUAUGUUUGUUUCAGCGGGACUUUCUUACUUCUCUUGGACUGCAUGCGCAGGCGCUUGAUAUGGCCGCCCGGGACUUGGGCCAUCCGGCGUACCGAAAGAUUGAUAUUGAGGCGUGGCUGCCCGGUUCGAAUCGAUUCGGAGAGGUGUCUAGCGCCUCCAAUUGCACGGACUAUCAAAGCCGAAGAUUAAACAUCUGCUACAGAGACGAAAACCAAAGGAAAAGGUUUGUUCAUACUCUAAAUGGGACAGCCUGCGCCAUUCCCAGAGUGCUUAUUGCAAUCCUGGAAACCCUUCAGCAAAAAGACGGCAGUGUAGUGGUGCCUCCAGUGCUUCGCCCUUUCAUGAUGAACAAAGACGUACUGCAUCCACGGAAACGGGGGAAGCUAUAGCGGCCCUUUUUUUGGAUAAAGCAUACCGAAGAGCAGUGGAUCGGUUUUCAGCUGGUUGCUCGGAGGAUGCGGGAUCCCUUUUGUA